UUUGAUCUUAUUAAGAAAUAAACUCGACUUUCUUUUCGUUCAAGCGAUUUAAGAACUAAUGACCACUCACAGGAAAAUAAAUAACGUGAUUCAAGAGAUUAUUAUUCGUAAAACGUUAUCAUACGAACGGCUUAGCUGAUUUUUUUAGAAUAAUUCAUACUAAGUUUAAUGCACAAAUAAGCAAAUAUCAAGAAAGCGUAAUAAACGUGCACGAUUAUCCGCGUGACUGAGGAGACGCAGCCAGAGGGCAGUUAUGGGUAGCGGCAAUAGCAGGGCGGCCCGGCCCCGCUCAUCCGUCCGCUUCAUGCCACGGGAGCCACUUCAGGAAAGGUUUACUAUCCCGGAAGUGGAAGAGGGGUACCCGCCGAUAAAACACGCCACCACGCCGAAAAAGGACAUCUACGACCCUAAAACAAACAGAGACAUCUACUUCCACGCCAGAAAUGCACCGAGGAGCGUUGAAGAUUCCUGGGAGUCACUUGUGGGCUACCUGACGUCCAUUUACCGGACGGACAUGAUGAAGGUGCGCUCGAUCUUUUCGUGGCUCGGCGUGCAAGAGAUGGAAACGGACUCCUAUCUCUUCGUGUCCAACCCUUCCAGCGUGGAGGACAGCACGCCCCGGGGAUAUAAAAAGGUCAUCGCCAACCGGGAGGGCUCUUACGCAACGAUGUUCGCACUCAUUUGCAGAAAAGCUGGUAUCAAAUGUGCAGUAAUUAAUGGAAUUUCCAAAGGUUUCGGUUACGGUGUUGGUGAAACAGACGUGACGCAACUACGGGACCGCUGGAACGCCGUUUACGUGGACGGCUGGCGGUUUAUCCAUCCGCUAUGGGCCUUCAAGAACAUCAUCAGCUACAAGCGGGGUCGCUGGGUACCCGGUGCGCAGGCGGACCGGAACAAAGUGGUUCUUGAGGAUAUCACUGACGAGGACAGUGCGCAGACGGUGGAUCAUGAUUUUAACGAGUAUUACUUCUUUGUGGAACCGGAGGAGCUAAUCAGUGUCUGUCUGCCGGACGAUGCUAGAUGGCAGAUGGUCACACCAAAUAUUAACACUGAAACAUGGAUUCAUUUGCCACUGCUGAUGAAGAGAUUCCACAUGGAAGGUUUCAAAAUAUCUGGGGAAUUUAAAUCCAGCCUGAAAACAAAAGACGGCGUUUGUGGACUGGUUGUUAGAUCACCGAAGUCUGACGACAUUGAAUACCAACUUGCCCAUGAUUUCUUCUUUAACUAUACGGGAGACAGACCGAUAUUUGAAGAAGCAAUAUUCCUCCGAAAUUUUCUCCUGAUGGCAAGAGAUGCUAAGGAAAAGAAAUGGAUAUUCGAGGCUCGGAUGCCUAUCGCCGGGACCUACCGAAUCACGGUGUACGGCGGUCCCUCUACCCAGACGACCCUCCCCUGGAUCUGCGAUGUCGCCAUUGUGUGUGAUGAACCGAUGAAUAAACUCAAGCCCUACCCAGACACGCCGCCUUUAGGGUUUGGUCCGGUGUCCAUGACAGAAAUGUACGGCCUGUCUAAUCCUUCACACCCAAAUGGGAUGCUGUUUAUCAAACCACGUCAGACGUAUCACAUCACCUUUAAACUCAACAAAACUAUCAAAACAAAGGCGAAGAUGAUCGGAAAACACGUGGAUAAGGAUGAGAUGGAGAAAUGGGUGAAGUGUACGAUCAACAACCAGUCGUCCCACAGCAUUGUGGACAUCAUGGUGCACCUCCAGCGGGAGGGUGAGUACUCCCUGCGGGUGUACGGGAAGGCCCGGGAGAUAUCCGGUCGCAAAAAAUGGGAGAACAUCGUCAACUACUACCUCAGCACCGACCCACCUAGGGAAAACGGACUCAUCGUCAAAGACAAGGCAUAUAAGACGGCGACUGAAAUCAACGCCCGUAAGGCCCUAGAGGAGGCCCGAAAAGGAAAAGACCUGUACGAGCUCAAGACGGCCAUCUCCCAGUUCGAGCAGAAGGGCUUCAAGGAGGAGGCAGGCGACUUUGGCAAGGCCUCCCUAAAAAUGGAGUACCUCGAACUAGCCAAGGGAUUAAAAGACGCCAUCAAUCGUCGUAAUUAUGAGCUGCUCGUAAAAUCCAUCGAGAAGGCGGAGAGCUCCUGCCACUCCGAACGUCUGACGAAUCUGAUUGCAAACGCUCAAGAGGUGCUCCAGGGGCUGGCGCCGUGGAACAAGUUCCUGCACGACGUGCUGGAGAUGCGACAGUCCACCAUCUCUGAGUUGACCAGCUACCUGACUCCGUCAUCCGCUGUCCACGACGUCCUCACCGCCACACUCGUCAUGCUGGGGAAUAACAGCGAGGACCUUAAGAAAUGGGACAAUGUGAAGAUUCGGUUUAAGCGGACCGGAAGUGAAAGCAUCCUUCGCCGUGUCCGCGAAUUUGACCCGACAACUCUGACAGAGGAGAUAAAGGCGGAAGUAAGCGGCCUUUUGGCACCCUAUACGGAAGAAACUGUCUUAACAUCCAGUGCUGGUGCUGCCACGUUCUACAAAUGGAUGGCAAGUAUACUUGGCAUUACCAGUAUGGUUGAGCAGGAAGUGGCCACAGACUAGCUAUACCGGUAAAUGAAUCAGAGUGCACCAGGCGGAAACAGCCACCGGGGUCUUCUAUAACAUCAAUCUGUUAUGUGUCGGUGCCUACCGAAUAUUCCUAACCUAAGUUGGAAGUGAACUGAAUAAUAAAACUGACAUUGUUAAUUUUCAUAUGUCCAAUUGUGAUACUGCAAAAUAUAAACAAUACAUAUAUAUGACAACGAGUGUAUUGUCAAUGAAAAGGAACCAGCGCUUCUUGGAAAUAGCACAAUGAUUAUGUGUUGGUUUUCAUACUGUAUAUGUUGUACAUACGUCAGUCUCGUCAUCUUUAAAACUGUUUACCAUUGAUUAGUAAUGGUGUCUUAUCUGUGUAAAUCUGGAAUAAAUGUGACUACCCUC